AUGCAGCAAGCUGUGGUGGAUCCUUUGUUAUCGCCUCGUUCUCGGAGAUCGGCGCCGGAGAAGCCGCGAUUUAGUGAUCUUAGAGGGUUGCAGUGGCGUAUAAAUCUUGGAGUUUUGCCGUCUUCUUCUGCUGCUUCCAUUGAUGAUCUUCGUCGAGUUACUGCUGAUUGUAGAAGGAGGUAUGCAAGUUUGAGAAGGCGCCUCCUGGCUGAAGCCCCUUCUCCGAAGAAUGGAACUAACUCGCGGAAUCUUGUCAUGGACAAUCCACUUUCACAAAAUCCAGAUAGUACAUGGAGUCGCUUUUUCCGCAACGCUGAGCUAGAAAGAUUGGUUGAUCAAGAUUUGUCCCGUUUGUACCCGGAACAUGACAGUUAUUUCCAGUCACUAGGAUGCCAAGGCAUGUUGAGACGCAUUUUAUUGCUAUGGUGUCUCAAGCACCCUGAAUGUGGUUACAGACAAGGAAUGCAUGAAUUAAUGGCUCCUCUGCUUUAUGUUCUCCAAGUUGAUUUGGAGCGUCUCUCAGAAGUUCGGAAGCUUUAUGAAGAUCACUUUACAGACCGAUUUGAUGUUCUUUUAUGUCAAGAGAAUGAUCUUAAUUACAGCUUUGAUUUUAGGAAAUCCCCUGACACAAUGGAGGAUGAAAUCGGAUCCCACGGAAAUGCAAUGAAAGCCAGUAGUCUUGACGAACUUGAACCCGAGAUACGGUCCAUUGUAUUACUAAGUGAUGCAUAUGGAGCUGAAGGGGCCAAUGGUUCAGUUGCAAUGGCGGAUUUCUUCGCUUCAUCUCCUGUAGCUAGUUCCCAUACUGGCUUGCCUCCUGUUAUUGAAGCUUCUAUGGCAUUGUAUCAUUUGUUAUCGCUUGCUGAUUCUUCUCUUCAUAACCAUCUUUUGGAUCUUGGGGUUGAACCGCAGUACUUUUAUCUCCGAUGGUUGCGGGUUUUAUUUGGACGAGAGUUUUCACUUGACAAACUACUUAUCAUUUGGGAUGAGAUCUUUGCAUCAGAUAAUAGCAAAAUGGAAAAUAAUGCGGAUGACAACAUAGAUUAUGGCUUCAGGAUCUUACAUUCACCCCGCGGAGCAUUUAUCUCAUCUAUUGCUGUAGCAAUGAUACUCUAUUUAAGAUCUUCUCUACUUGCAACUGAAAAUCCUACAACCUGUCUCCAGAGACUACUCAACUUCCCCGAAAACAUCACUAUUGAGAAAAUACUAAAGAAGGCUAAAUCCUUGCAGGAUCUUGCUUUAAGUAUUGAUAUUUCGUCCUCGUCACAUUUGCUUUUGGGGUCUCGUUACCAAAGUAAAACAACAUGUACAAGAUCUGUGACCCUUCCAUCUGAAUCUGUGUCACCGAAAACUCCUCUGAAUUUUAUACCCGAUAGCUACUGGGAAGAAAAGUGGAGAAACGCCCAAAAGGCCGAAGCCCAAAAGGCCGAAGAACGUAAACAAGAUGGUGCAGAAAAUCAGGUUCCAACUCGGAAGAAAGGAUGGACAGAAAAGAUGAAAUUACGUUUGAGAAGAACAGAAUCUGACCCACCUCCAUCAAGGGUUCUAAGCGGACAAAGAGGAUCUAAGCCAUCGUUUAGACGCAGUUUGUUAGAAGAUCUGCGCAAAGCACUUGGCGCUGAGGAAAACACAGAACAUGAGCAGCAUCAUGAUGAAAUCAUAAGUGAACAGGAUAAUCUUUCUGAAGCAGUUGAAGUAGAGCGACAAGAUAGUGGCAGUAACAGUGACAACAACUACUCAUCUGAUGAUAAAUGUCCAAGCGGAAAUUCUGGCCGCGAUGAAGAUUCGUCUAUAUAUUCCGACUCCAUCAGUCCUCCUAAUGAGGCCAAUGAUCCUGAAAUCGCCUCAGAAAAAAAUAGUGCUGCAUCUUUUUUAUCCCUUGACGAAUGCAAUGAAACUUCAGAUACCAUCCCUUGUGAUUCACCCUCUCCAACCUCUGAUCCACCUCAGAACUUACCUGAGACAUCGGGUUGCGAUAAUGACGAUGCUGGAAGCUCAGCCAAUGCCCCUAAAGAAAGAAAACAGAAUAAAUUCCAGUGGUUUUGGAAUUUUGGACGGAAUACCGUUGAUGUUAUCUCUGAGAAAGUAGGAGGUGCUGCCGAGGCUAAGUCUGCCAACAGUAAUAGCGAUCAAAGUAAUUCAUCACCACCACUAGCCUCACCUGCUGUUAAUGGACAUUGUAGUUCUGUUAGUGGCAGAGGAGAUUCCGUUGACCAAAAUGUGAUGAGCACUUUAAAAAAUAUUGGGCAGUCUAUGCUUGACCAUAUUCAGGUGAUUGAGUCUGUUUUCCAACCAGAUCGAGGCCAGGGAGCCACGUCCGAUAAUUUGUCUAAGAAUGUUCUUGUUGGAAAAGGGCAGGUUACUGCCAUGACAGCUCUAAAGGAGCUUCGGAAAAUCAGCAACCUUUUGUCUGAGAUGUGA